AUGCUGAUUAUUUUGUGGUUUCAGGAGGACAAAAAAUGUUUCAUAUGUGACUCCGAGGAUCCCUUCCAUGAUACUCUCAAUCCUGACAGUCAUCGCAUUGAAAACGUUGUCACCACAUUCGCUCCAAAUCGCCUGAAGCUCUGGUGGCAGUCGGAAAAUGGUUUGGAAAAUGUGACUAUCCAGCUGAACCUGGAGGCUGAGUUUCAUUUCACUCAUCUCAUUAUGACCUUCAAGACAUUUCGUCCUGCUGCAAUGUUGAUAGAAAGAUCAUCCGAUUUUGGAAAAACGUGGCAAGUAUAUAGGUAUUUUGCAUAUGACUGUGAGAGUUCAUUUCCUGGGAUUUCAACUGGACCCAUGAAGAAAGUGGAUGAUAUAAUUUGUGAUUCCCGAUACUCCGACAUUGAACCUUCAACGGAGGGAGAGGUAAUAUAUCGUGUUUUAGAUCCUGCUUUUCGAAUCGAAGAUCCAUACAGUCCAAGGAUUCAAAACCUGUUGAAGAUCACAAAUCUGAGAGUCAAAUUCGUCAAGCUGCACACGCUGGGUGAUAACCUCUUGGACUCGAGGAUGGAGAUCAGAGAGAAGUACUACUAUGCCAUCUACGACAUGGUGGUUCGCGGGAAUUGUUUCUGCUACGGACACGCCAGCGAGUGUGCGCCAGUGGAUGGCUUUAAUGAAGAAGUGGAAGGAAUGGUCCACGGACACUGCAUGUGCAGACAUAAUACCAAAGGGUUAAACUGUGAGCAGUGUUUGGAUUUCUACCAUGACUUACCCUGGCGACCCGCUGAAGGCCGUAAUAGUAAUGCCUGCAAAAAGUGCAAUUGCAACGGCCACUCCAGCCAGUGCCACUUUGACAUGGCUGUGUACAUGACGACGGGGAACACCAGCGGGGGAGUGUGUGACGACUGCCAGCACAACACCGUAGGACGCAACUGCGAGCAGUGCAAGCCCUUCUACUUCCAGCACCCGGAGAGAGAUCUGCGGGACCCUGACGUCUGUGAGCCUUGCAACUGUGACCCAGCUGGCUCCCAAAAUGGUGGCAUCUGCGAUCGCUACACUGAUUUCUCCACUGGCCUCAUUGCCGGACAAUGCCGGUGUAAAUUAUUUGUGGAAGGGGAGCGUUGUGACCUCUGCAAAGAAGGUUUCUAUGGCCUGAGUGCUGAUGACCCAGCGGGUUGUCAGUCUUGUGCGUGUAAUCCUCUGGGUACCCAUCCCGGGGGGAAUCCUUGUGAUUCGGAGACAGGAAACUGCUAUUGUAAGCGCCUGGUGACAGGAAAGCAGUGCGAUCGCUGCCUGCCUGAGCACUGGGGCCUGAGCAACGACAUGGAUGGAUGUCGGCCGUGCGACUGCGACCAGGGAGGAGCACUGAACAACAACUGCUCGAGUGAAUCCGGCCAAUGUGAAUGCCGGCCCCACAUGUUUGGACGUCAGUGCAACCAGGUGGAGCCUGGCUAUUACUUCAUUUCGCUCGAUCAUUACAUCUACGAGGCGGAGGAGGCCAGCUUGGGUCCCGGAGUAAACAUAAUAGAGCGCCAGUACAUGCCAGACCGCACACCAUCGUGGACAGGCAUAGGAUUUGUAAGGGUCCCUGAGGGCGCAUACUUGGAAUUCUACAUUGACAACAUCCCCUACUCCAUGGAGUAUGACAUUCUGGUCCGCUAUGAGCCGCAGUUGCCGGAUCAGUGGGAAAAAGCUGUGAUCAGCGUCUCGCGCCCAGGCAAGAUUCCCACGGGUAGCCGCUGUGGCAAUACAGUUCCUGAUGAUGAUAAUCAGGUCGUCUCGCUGUCGCCCGGCUCCAGGUAUGUUGUUCUCCCACGACCUGUCUGCUUUGAGAAGGGGCUGAAUUACACCAUCCGCCUGGAACUAACCCAGUACUCCUCGGUCGACACAGAGACGGAAAGCCCAUACACGCUUAUUGACUCCCUUGUUCUCAUGCCACACUGCAAAUCGCUGGACAUAUUCACAGUGGGAGGCUCAGGCGAGGACGUGGUCACGAACAGUGCUUGGGAAACUUUCCAAAGAUACCGGUGUCUGGAAAACAGCAGGAGUGUUGUGAAAACCCCCAUGACGGACGUCUGCAAGAACAUCAUAUUCAGCAUUUCUGCUCUAUUACACGAGACUGCGUUAUCGUGCCAGUGUGACCCCCAGGGCUCCCUCAGUUCAGUGUGUGACCCCAGCGGAGGACAGUGCCAGUGUCGUCCCAACGUUGUUGGAAGACAGUGCGACAGAUGUGCCCCUGGCACCUUUGGGUUUGGGCCGAGCGGAUGCCGACCAUGCGAGUGCCACGUCCGAGGCUCUUACAACACCUUCUGCGACGCGGAGACAGGCCAGUGCCACUGCUUCCCCGGGGUGUACGGGCGGCAGUGCGACCGUUUUUGGGGCUUCCCCAACUGCCAGCCCUGCCACUGCAACGGCCACGCCGACGACUGCAGCCCCUACACCGGGGAGUGCCUGAGCUGCCGGGACCACACGGCGGGGCACAACUGCGAGAGGUGCCAGGCUGGCUACUACGGAGACCCUGUCCUGGGAUCAGGCGACCACUGCCGCCCCUGCCCUUGCCCUGAUGGUCCUGAGAGCGGACGCCAGUUUUCCAGCGGCUGUUACCAGGAUCCAGUCACACUGCAAGUUGUGUGUGUCUGUAGCGUGGGAUACAUAGGCAGCCGAUGUGAUGAAUGUGCGUCUGGCUUCUUCGGAAGCCCCGACGAGGUUGGUGGCGCCUGCCAGCCCUGCCAGUGCAACAACAACAUCGACACCACCGACCCGGAGGCCUGCGACAAGAAGACGGGAACGUGUGUGAAGUGCCUGUAUCACACGGAGGGGGAAAACUGCCACCUCUGCAAACAGGGCUACUACGGCAGCGCCCUGCAGCAGGACUGCAGAAGUGAGUGUCCCCUCUGCCGGCCACGUCACGGGUGGCAGCGGCCGCCUGAGCUCUUUUUAGUUUACCCGAGAUUCACAGGGCAGUGCCAGUGCAUGCCGGGCUUCGGAGGCCGGACCUGCCGGGAGUGCCAGGAGCUCUUCUGGGGUGACCCAAACGUGGAGUGCCAAGCUUGUGAUUGCAACCCUCGUGGCAUCCAGACCCCACAAUGUGACCGCGCCACUGGGCAGUGCAUCUGCAACGAAGGGGUGGAAGGGCCGCGCUGCGACAAGUGCUCCCGGGGCUACUCGGGCUUCUUCCCCGACUGCGUGCCGUGCCACCAGUGCUUCGCCCUCUGGGACGUCAUCAUCAGCGAGCUGGCUAAUAGAACCCAGCAGUUCCUGGAUAGGGCUAAUGCCCUCAAAAUCACUGGAGUCACUGGCCCAUACCAACAGACGCUCAACACUCUGGAGGAGAAGCUCAGUGAAAUUAAAACGAUCAUUGCUCAAAAUCCAGCUGCUGAGCCCCUGAAGAACAUUGGGAAUCUCUUUGAGGAAGCAGAAAAGCUGACAGCAGACGUGACAGUUAAGAUAGCUGAUGUAGAAGAAAACCUGUCGGCCUUAGCAGUGAAGAGCAAUAGCACAGACACCGACCUGAGCGCGCUGGAGACAGACGCCAAAAGCUUAGAUCGUGUCGUGAAAGAACUUGCAGAACAGCUAGAGUUCAUCAAGAUCUCUGAUGUUCGGGGGGCCUUGGAUAGCAUCACCAAGUAUUUCCAGAUGUCCCUGGAGGCAGAGGAGAGGGUCAAUGCCUCCACUGUUCACCCCGAUAGCACCGUGGAGCUGUCAGCACAAACGCGGCAGGAAGUGGAAGACUUAAUCAAGGAGAAGGAGGCCCAGUUCAAGGCGAAACAGGAGGAGCAGUCGCGCCUGCUGGAUGAACUCGCAGGCAAGCUGCAGAGCCUGGAUCUCUCCGAAGUGGCAGAGAAGACGUGUGGCACUCCCGUGGGAGCCUCUUGUGCCGAGUCCGAGUGUGGCGGUUUAAACUGUCGAACAGAUGACGGAAAAAAGAAGUGUGGAGGACCUGGCUGCGACGGACUGGUGACUGUAGCUCACAACGCCUGGCAGAAAGCCAUGGAUUUUGACAGAGACAUCCUCAGUGCAUUAGCAGAAGUUGAGCAACUCUCCAGAAUGGUUUCUGAGGCGAAACAGAGAGCUGAUGAAGCAAAACAAAAUGCGCAAGCAGUUUUGCUCAAAACCAAUGCUACGAAAGAACAAGUGGAUAGAAGCAACGAAGAUCUGAGAAAUCUUAUUAAACAGAUUAGAGACUUCCUAAUGCAAGACAGUGCUGACCUGGACAGCAUCGAGGCAGUGGCUAAUGAAGUGCUGAACAUGGAGAUGCCAAGCACUCCCCAGCAGCUGCAAGCCCUGACAGAAGAUAUCCGUGAGCGUGUAGAAAGCCUUUCUGAUGUUGAGGUCAUUCUGCAGCAGAGUGCUGGAGACAUUGCCAGAGCAGAAAUGCUGCUGGAGGAAGCUAAAAAAGCAAGCAAAGGUGCAACAGAUGUUAAAGUCACUGCAGACAUGGUGAAAGCAGCACUGGAAGAAGCUGAAAAAGCUCAAAAUGCAGCUGAAAAAGCCAUCAAACAAGCUGACGAAGAUAUUAAAGGAACUCAAGACCUGCUGACCUCAAUCGAAUCUGAAAAUGCAGCAUCUGAAGAAACAUUGAACAAUGCUACCUUACGCCUGUUUGAGCUAGAGAAGAGUGUUGAAGACCUUAAGCAAAAGGCUGCUACAAAUGCAGAGAAUGUAGACAAUAUAGAAGAAAAAAUUACUACUGCAAAACAAAAUGCUGAAGAAGUUAAAAAGGUCCUCAAUACCGAGCUGAACGACAAGUACAGGACGGUGGAAGAUCUCAUUGCCAAGAAGACAGAAGAGUCGGCUGAUGCUAGGAGGAAAGCCAGCAUGUUGCAAGAUGAAGCUAAAGCCUUAUUGGCUCAAGCAAACAGCAAACUCCAGCUGCUCAAAGACUUGGAAAAUACAUAUGAAAACAAUCAAAAAGUUCUGGAAGAUAAAGCCAAGCAGUUGGUGGAGCUGGAAGAGACAGUUCGCUCCCUCUUACAGACAAUCAGCCAGAAGGUUGCUGUUUACAGCACAUGCUUAUAAAUGGGAGCAGGAAAUGCUUGUGUUCAGGGUGGAUUUUACGAGUAUUACACUAGUUCUUUUUGACAUCACACUGAGAUGUGACCAGGUUUUAUAUUGACUUUCAAGUCACAGACCAAAGACAAGUUACUUUUUGAUGUUGAAAAUAAACAGUACUUUUGUAUCACUGUAUGUACCCAGUAUGACUCAUUAAGUUCCUUCCUAUUUUCAGUAGCUGAAAUAGUAAAUCAAUUAAUCCUUUAGCAAGUCUCGUUUUUAAACUGGUUAAGAGACCUAAUAAUAAAAUCUUGGCU